CCAACCCGCACUACAGAUGUUUCUUUGAUUUCUAAACUUCCAUCCUAACAUUACAAGAUAGAAUGUCGAAGGGGCCGCCUCAUUUGAGGACAAGUUGCCAUAAAUAAAAGAACUCGAAACCGAAAGGUCCUUGGUACUAGUAAACGUGGCGACACAAACAACUUCCGCUUUUUCUGAGAAAGUCUUAAAUCACGACAGCCGGGGCUAAAUGACUCGAAAGAAUUUAUGGCUGGCUGUGAGAGCCUUUUAGAUGCAAUCAAGAAAGAAUUGGAAUGCUCCCUCUGCCAAGACCAGUUUACUGAGACCAAUCAACCAAAACUUCUCACAUGCCAACAUACUUUCUGUAAGUCUUGUCUCCAAAGGUGGUUGCGACAACAGACCGGGAGAGGUUUGAGCUGCCCGAACUGUCGAGUAAUAACCGAGUGUCCCAACAAUAACAUCGACCGCUUACCAUCCAAUCUUGCACACAAGAGACUGGGGGAUAUCUUGAAAGCUCAUGGUCGUUCGAAUAAAGAUCCUGAUCUCGAAUCAAAAGAACAAAACGUUUGUAAACGACAUGACAUACUCGUUAAGUUUUACUGUGAACCGUGCGAAAUUUGCAUUUGCUCUGAAUGCGCCAUUAUGGAGCAUCGAGAUCCGAUAGAUCACACCAUCAUGUCACUUGAAGAUGGAGCAAGAAAACAGAGAGUGUACAUCGAAAGUAGGCUGAGAGAUAUUGAGGAGGAUUCUUCGCUUCUGAAGAACCAUAUUGAGUCUUUAAGAGAGAGACAAGCGAAAUACAAUGGUAGCAUCGAUGAAGUAGCGGCAGAAGUUCGCACUGUGACGGAGGAUGCUAUAAAUGUUCUUCGUCAACACGAAGAAAUGAUGACAGAGCAGUUGGUGAAAGAAAAAUCGCUUUACGACGAGGCCUUGAAAAAUGAGUUGUCGAAGCUCAUCAAAAAAUUACAGCUAUUGUCUAAGAGCUCAAGACAUGGUAAAGAAAUCCUCCAAACAAAUGACGUAAGGAAAAUGUUAGAGGUAAAACAUGAGCUUGAUGGAACGGUUGCGGAGAGAUUUCAAAAUUCUACGCCUCUUCUCAGAUAUCCGGAGUUUAAGUAUUCAGUAAAUACCCUGCUCCAAGACUUCCGUCUUGGUGUGCUACAUGUAACCUUUACAGAACCUUAUUUUUCUGUUGGAUCAGGACAAGGACUAGCAGAAAGUAUUCAAGGAGAGGCAAGCUACUUUACUGUCACAACUAUGGAUUCAAGCGGCAAAACAACCUAUAGUGAAAUUGAUAACGUCACGGUUGAGAUCACAUCCAUACGACAGGGAAUCAGAGAUAUUCCUGCUUUUGUGAAAGACCUAAAAGAUGGCCGUUAUUGUGUAUCUUACACACCAAGAGUUGCUGGAAUCUUCAACAUAUCAAUCAAAGUAAGAGACGAUCCAAUCAACGGAAGUCCCUUCAAAUUGGUUGUAGCCCCAAAACCAAAACAAGCUGUAUGCAAAUUUCACGAUGUUAUUUUACCAAGGAAGUGGAUUCCACAACCAAAAAACCAAGAGGGUGAAGAACUUAACUUUCAUCUGGUAGAGCUGGAUCCUGUUAGCAAUGCACAGGAAUACCAAGAAGUUCAGAAUCAAUUUCGAAAAACAUGCAAAAGCAAAAUUAUGAUCUUGAAAAUAGCCCGAGUCCAGAAUCCAGCCCUUUACAGGACAUUCACCAUGCGAAAGCAAAAAAUGGAUGAGGAAAGAGGAAGCAAUGAACAGCGACUUUUCCUUGGAAUCCCAAGAAGCAAAUGCCAACAAAUAAAUGAGACUGGUUUUUGCCAUUUCCAAAACAAAAAAGCACCAACAGACAUGUAUGGAAAUGGCUUGUACUUUGCCAAAGAUGCCCUUUACCCAGCUCAGUCCUCUCUCUCUCCACCAGACAAUGAUGGACAGCAAUACAUGUACCUCAGCAGAGUCCUGGUUGGUGAAUACACGGUUGGUAAACAAGGCAUGGUUACUCCUCCACAGAAGAACCAGAGUGAUUCCAAAGAAUCCUUUGAUUGUGUGGUGGAUCAGAUUACUGACCCGAGCGUUUUUGUUAUUUUCUACGAGGGGCAGUUCUACCCUGAAUACUUAAUCACAUUUUCUAGAUGAUUCUUUUAAAUUGUAGUGAUUUUUAUUAUUUUAAAACUUGUGCAAAUGUUUUGACUGGAUUAGUUUGUAGUGGUUUAAUAUCAGUUUUAAACUCAAACAAUCAUGCAUUAAAUUAAUUUUACACUGGUCAGUGCACUUUGAUUCAAUCGUGUACUUUAUCUAUGCUACAGUAGUUAAAAAAGAGAUGUUACGAGAUCAACAUAUUUUAAGGAUUACGCUGACCGUUUUAGUUUGAGGAGGGAUGGAGGCUUGGAGAAGAAAUUUCAGCUGUCUUAUAGUUUGAUUUUGGCCUCCUUGGAGGCGAUUCUCUCAUUUGCUUGACUCUAUUUAUUGACAGGAAUAUAAUAAGUUUGUAUCCUCUUGUUAUUGACUAAUUUAGUUGACUUAUGGUUGGUGUAGAACAGGGAUGCUUGCAAUUUCUUUCAUUUAACUGAAA